AUGGGCUCUAUUCUCUGGAUCAUCAGCAGCGUUGUGCGCUGGGUGCGUAUGAAGAUUUACCAGUACGAGGUCACUUUCGCCAUCUACAUGCUUACCCCCACGGAAAAAUUCAUCUUCAACUCUCUCCUGCUCACAUUGAUCACCAUGAUCGCCGCCGGCAUCUACGUCUACCUCCCCAACCACCUCCGUACGAUCUACAGCCACAUGUACUACUAUGCUGUUGGCGAGCGACCAUUCAUCUCUUCCCGAAUGACCAACAUGAGCUCGGUGCUCGGAGAAGCGACCCAGACCCUUGAUGUGAUGUACGAAACAGCUAAGAACGCGGCUGCGGCGACGACACAGCACAUGGGCGAGUUGUAA